AUGGUCAGAAUCAUCGCGGGUCUCAUGGGGAGCUCUGUCGCAGCGGGGUCAACGAAGAUGGCUACACCUCAGAGCAUACAAUCAAUCCUAGCGGUCCUGCAAAAGCACGGUGUUCGCGAUCUCGAUACGGCUCGAGUGUACAAUUCUGGAAAGAGUGAGGAGAUUCUGGGCGAGAUCAUUCCUGAAGCACAUGAACAUUUCAGAAUUGCUACGAAAGCUCCUGGGUUUUCGCCGGGUUCGCUGAGCUAUCAGAAGAUUGUGGAUGCUUGCGAUGCUUCGCUUUCUGCUUUGAAGCAAAGCAAGAUCGAUCUCUACUAUUUCCAUGGUCCGGAUCGUCAGACUCCUUUGGAGGAGUCUUGUAGAGCGAUCAAUGACUUACAUAAGGCUGGCAAGGUCGUCAGGUUUGGCGUGUCGAACUUCAACAAAUCUGAGGUUGAAGAAAUACAUGCGAUUUGCAAAGCAAAUGGGUAUGUUCUUCCCUCGAUAUACCAAGGAGGUUAUAAUCCUAUGGCCCGAACAUCGGAGACCGAGCUCUUUCCCAGCCUGAGAAAGCUCGGCAUUUCUUUCUUCGCCUUCAGCCCAUUGGCAGGCGGGUUCUUCUCCCGACCGACCACUGAGCUUCGCAAUCCACCUCCUGGCAGUCGCAUGGACCAGAUGCGAGUGUUCAGCAAGAUGUACGUCAAUGAUUUGACAUUGGAGCUGCACGAUAACCUCACAAAGGUUUGUGAUGAUGCCAAUGUGAAGCUGAAGGAAGCCACGCUUCGUUGGCUCGCUCAUCAUUCCAUCCUUGGUCAGGAAGAUGGCAUCAUUUUAGGUGCAAGCAGCGAGGAACAGAUGGAGGAGAACUUGCAGGCCUGUGAGSGAGGGCCUUUGCCGGCGAGCGUCGUGGAAGCUUUUGAAGAUCUCUGGACGCGGUCCAGCAGUGCUGGCAAGCCAGCUUAUUGUGUGUAG